GUCACGUCCCAGGAGUUACAGGGCUGGUAGGCUCCACUCUACUUCUGGGGGUCCUGAGGAAGUACCCCUAGGGUUUUCUCUGACAUUUUCACCAAGAUGUGUUUGCUUCUUGGCUCUCAGCCUCAGGUGUCGCUCUGAAGAUCUUGCUUUUUGACCAGCUGCUGCAGCACAGCAAACCACAUCAUGGGUGACCUCAGCCAAGACGCCGUGGAGAAAUACCUGGAGCAGAACCCACAGUUUGCCAAGGAGUACUUUGAUAAGAGGCUGCGGGCAGAGGCACUGGGUGAAAUCUUCAAGAACAGCCAGGCUCCAGUCCGGACCAGCAUGUCAUUUGCUGAGCUGACACAGGUGGAAGAGGCAGCCGUGUGUCUGGAGCUGCUGCUGAGCGUGCAGGAGGAGGCAAGCAGCGUGGAGCAGGCAGCCCACCGGGCCCUGCAGAGGCUGGCCCAGCUGCUGCAGGCCGAGCGCUGCAGCUUGUUCAUGUGCCGAGCCCGCAAUGGCACAUCGGAGGUAGCCUCCCGGCUGCUUGAUGUGACUGCCACCUCCAAGUUUGAGGACAACCUGGUAGUGCCUGAGAGAGAGGUUGUGUUCCCACUGGACAUCGGGAUUGUAGGUUGGGUUGCUCACACGAAGAAAACCCUUAAUGUUCCAGAUGUGAAAAAGAACAGUCAUUUUUCUGACUUCAUGGACAAACAAACUGGAUAUGUUACUAGGAACCUGCUGGCAACUCCGAUUGUGAUGGGCAAGGAAGUUCUUGGUGUGGUUAUGGCAGUGAACAAAGUAAAUGCACCUGAAUUUUCCAAGCAGGAUGAAGAGGUCUUUUCCAAGUACAUCAAUUUUGUUUCUGUCAUCCUAAAGCUUCAUCAUACCAACUACCUCUACAACAUUGAAUCCAGGAGAAGCCAGAUCCUCAUGUGGUCAGCCAAUAAGGUAUUCGAGGAGCUCACGGAUGUAGAACGACAGUUUCACAAAGCGCUCUAUACAGUGAGAAUGUACCUGAACUGUGAACGGUACUCCAUUGGCCUCCUGGACAUGACCAAGGAGAAGGAAUUCUACGAUGAAUGGCCAAUCAAGCUUGGAGAAGUGGAACCUUAUAAAGGACCAAAGACACCAGAUGGCCGGGAAGUCAUCUUUUACAAAAUCAUUGAUUACAUUCUACAUGGAAAAGAAGAGAUUAAAGUAAUCCCGUCGCCUCCUGCAGACCACUGGACACUCAUCAGUGGGUUGCCAACAUAUGUUGCUGAAAACGGAUUUAUAUGUAACAUGCUCAACGCCCCUGCAGACGAAUACUUCACAUUUCAGAAAGGAGCAGUAGAUGAAACGGGUUGGGUCAUUAAGAAUGUCUUGUCGCUGCCCAUUGUCAACAAGAAAGAAGACAUCGUGGGCGUGGCGACGUUUUACAACAGGAAGGAUGGAAAGCCUUUUGAUGAACAUGAUGAGCACAUUACUGAGACUCUCACACAAUUUCUUGGUUGGUCUCUUUUAAAUACUGACACCUAUGAGAAAAUGAAUAAGCUAGAAAACAGAAAGGACAUCGCUCAAGAAAUGCUCAUGAACCAUACCAAGGCCACUCCGGAAGAAAUUGAGUCUAUUUUGAAAUUUAGGGAGAAGCUGAACAAAGAUGCAAUUGAAGACUGCGAAGAAAAACAACUUCUCACGAUUUUGAAGGAGGACUUGCCUGACCCAAAGGAGGUGGAACUAUACGAGUUCCGGUUCAGCGACUUCCCCAUCACAGAACAUGGCUUGAUUAAAUGUGGACUACGGCUGUUUUUUGAGAUAAAUGUGGUGGAAAAAUUCAAAGUACCUGUGGAGGUUCUUACCAGGUGGAUGUACACAGUGAGGAAAGGGUACCGUGCAGUCACUUACCACAACUGGCGACACGGAUUCAAUGUUGGGCAGACCAUGUUUACCUUGCUGAUGACAGGAAGACUAAAGAAAUACUUUACGGAUCUCGAAGCCUUUGCCAUGCUUGCUGCUGCCUUCUGCCAUGACAUUGACCACAGGGGCACCAACAAUUUGUACCAGAUGAAAUCGACAUCUCCCUUGGCAAAGCUUCAUGGGUCUUCCAUCUUGGAGAGGCACCACCUGGAGUACAGUAAGACUCUCCUGCAGGACGAGAGCUUAAACAUCUUCCAGAACCUAAAUAAGCGGCAGUUUGAAACAGUUAUUCAUUUGUUUGAGGUCGCAAUAAUAGCCACUGACCUGGCUUUAUAUUUCAAGAAAAGAACCAUGUUUCAGAAAAUUGUUGAUGCCUGUGAACAAAUGAAAACUGAAGAGGAAGCUAUCAAAUAUGUAACCAUUGACCCCACCAAAAAAGAGAUAAUCAUGGCAAUGAUGAUGACUGCAUGUGACUUGUCCGCUAUCACCAAGCCCUGGGAAGUACAGAGUCAGGUAGCACUUAUGGUUGCAAGUGAAUUUUGGGAGCAAGGAGAUCUGGAGAGAACAGUGCUGCAGCAACAGCCCAUUCCUAUGAUGGACAGAAACAAGAAAGAUGAACUACCUAAACUUCAAGUUGGAUUUAUUGACUUUGUCUGUACUUUCGUAUAUAAGGAGUUCUCGCGGUUUCACAGAGAGAUCACACCUAUGCUGGAUGGUCUUCAGAAUAACAGAGUGGAAUGGAAAACCCUAGCCGAUGAGUAUGAUGCAAAGAUGAAGGUCAUAGAAGAGGAGGCGAAAAAGCAAGAGGAAGGAAGCCCAGUCCAAAAAGCUGCUGAAGACUUGGAAGGUGGCACGAGUGACAAAAAGUCCAAAACAUGCCUGAUGUUGUAAUGCAAUCUGACUGGUCUAAAAUUUCAGAUAUUUUACUUUUGGAGAAAAACAGAAAGUGUCCAAAAGAACUUCAGAGAAUUUCACCCAGCAAAUCAUCAAAUAGAGUCAGAGGAACUUUAGAAAAAUUACUCUGCAACUAUCAAGAUUAUAUGUACUGCUAGCCUGAACAAUCUGAGUAAAAAAAAAAUUUAUCAAAGCACAAAGUUAAAAACAAAGUGCAUUU